ACUCUAGACAAAUGAUUGAAUAAACCUGGUAAUCGUUUUAAGACGUUUCAUGUACCUUUUAGCUGUUGAACUUGGAAAACUGUCCUCACUGUAUGGUCAGUUAGGAUCUACGAAGCUAACAUACGUAGGGAGUUUUCUAUAAGCCAUCUUUGGGUGAGUGAAUUUAUCUCAGUCUCUCCCUGACAUUUAUAUAAGUAGUACUAAUUUAACCGUUGUAUAUAACUUCAAAAUAUUCUUCAGUGUGUUGAUUCAUUGUUUAUUACUAUACACAGUGGAUCAACAGGUUCACGGAUGGUUUUACUGGACUCCAUGGGAAACCAAAUAGGAUGUGCAGAGGGUCCUUCAACAAACCCAUGGUUAUUGGGCUUAGAAGAAGUUGCUAAACGUAUUCUGGAUUUAGUGGACUCAGUAUUUUUGAACUCUGGUGAAAAGUCUGCGAAACCACUUAGCCAUUUAGGUUUAUCGUUGAGUGGUAUUGAUACUAAAGAAAAUCAAAAUGAAUUGGCAAAUGCUAUCAAAACUCUUCGUCCAAAUGUUGCACAAGAAAUACACGCUUGCAAUGAUAGUAUUGGUACAUAUCUAACAGUAUGUGAGAGUGCUGCUAUUGUAUUAGUGUGCGGAACUGGUUCAAUAUGUAAUUACAUAAGAUCGGAUUUAACUUUUCAACGGGUUGGAGGAUAUGGACAUAUACUUGGGGACAAUGGUUCUGCCUACUGGAUUGCACAUUAUGCAGUAAAAGCACUUAUUGAAUCAGAUGACAAAAUUAUUGAUACUGAGUAUAACAUGGAAAAUGUACGAAAAGUGGUCUAUUCAUAUUUCAGCAUAGAAAAUAAUCUAGACUUACUUCAACAUUUUUAUACAAACUUCAGUAAAAAUAAAAUAGCUGGAUUGUGUGAACAUCUUUCUAUAAUUGCUCGGGAUGGUGAUGAGUUUUCUAAAUCUGUUUUUCGUGAGGCAGGUAUACAGUUAGCCCGUCAUGUUAGAGGCGCUUUAUAUUAUGCCGUUCAGGAUUCAACACCACAAAAUGCAAAUAUGACAGUUAUCUGUUGUGGUUCAGCAUUCAAGAGUUGGGAUCUAUUCAGAGAUGGUUUCUGUGAUUUUCUAAAGCCUACUGGAAAGGAUAAAUGGUCUGGCACUUUAACUUUAGUUCAACUGAAAACUAGUGCAGCUUAUGGUGCAGCUCGUCUUUCAGUUUAUUUUGAUCAUAAACUAAAAAUUCCAUUACCACCAGAUUCUUAUGUAAAAUUUGAUGAAUUUACUGCCGGUAUACGUUUUUAA